UUUUGUCGGUAGGCCAAAGAUCGUCGCUAAGAUGCAGGCCGCAAGGAGGCCGCAGGUAGGCCUCGGGGAACGAGAAAGGAAGGGAAUGGAACCCCAAAAUUCAUUUCUUAAAAACGACGUCAACAUGUCUGCAUUUAUAUACACGAAAUGGUUAAUACUUAUGAGACGUAAUUGUCGGUUAUUUAAAAUCGUUUUAAUGUAGAAUAUGUUGCAAAUAUAGUUCUGCUAGAAGAAACAAGAUGGCGACUGUGGCUUUUUAGCAGAACUGUGAGGAGGAGGAGGAUUAAACGCCAUCUUGGCUCUUGUAAAGUAUCUUUAGUACGCUUUAAAAUAUAUAUACAAAAAGGGAACGAAACUACCGAACUUCAUACCGUAUAGACUAAAGAUAUAAAGACAAGGGCUCGAUAUUAUGUUUAAGUACAGAAAGUUAUGAUAACACAGUUGGUUUGGUGUUUUACCAGUCUGAAAAAUUAAACGAAUACAUUGAAAUUCUCAUUUCCUGGUUUGUUGACAUUUUUGUCACAACCCACUCCUGUCAUUCAGCGCGUUGUGUGCUGAGAAGUGCCCAGCAGGCGCUUGGUGCCUCCCCUUUUCUACCUUGUGAAACUGCUAUCGGUACUCAAGCACAAAUGGGAAUUUCAUUAUAUAAUAGCAUACACAACCUCAUUGUGCGCUAUAUAGAUAGUAAUACAGUUGCCACAACCGCGCGGCGUAUAAAUCCCACCCGCCCGGUGACAAUGAUAAAACUUAAAUGCUCAAACUAUAUUUUAUUUUGUGACGGUCAGAUCAUUUAUUUCUUAAACAACAUGCAAACAUAUACUUUUCAGAUUCAUAACCUUAAACCGCAAAUGCAUGGACUAAAAUGAACUCAAACUAUCCAACAGUUUCUUAUAUUGUCGGCGACACCCGCCUAAAUGCCCUCAUCCAUCACCUGUGUGCUGUCUGGCUCGCCCGUUUGCCUUUCCUCGAGAAAAUGCACCUCUUCUCCCUCACCCUUUAUCAGAUUGGAUCAGUUAUGCAUUUUGGAGCUGUGAAGAAUAUGAAGGCAGUCAAACUGACAGAUGAAGUGUAAAGACCAUGGAUGGAGAUGUAACUGCACUUGAACUGCAUCCACAAGAGACCAAGGUGAUUUUUGAUGCAUCAGAAAGCGAUGCCAACACCACUACUCUCAUCAACGGAGAUGAUAUCGUGGUUGAAGUGCAAGAAACUGUCUAUGUUUCGGAGGUGGUGUGCUCUGAUGUGACAGUCCACAGCUUAGCCCCUGAAGACCUGGACACAGUGGUGAUCCAGGAUGCCAUCGAGGAUGUUGUUGCAGAGUAUGUGCAUGCCGGCCCGCAGGCAGAGGAGUCUGAAACGGUUCUCGUUCCUGAAGGGGUGUUGGACACAGACGUCACCACGGAGGUCUCUUUGGAUCCCUGUUCGGUACCAGAAGAUGCUCUGUCUCCCCAGGUCAUUGCCUCCGCACAGGAGGAUCCUCUGGAGACCCAGUCCAUGCACUUGACUGAGGUGGGGUGUGUGGAACGUGUUGCGCACGCCGACGGCUCUCAAGCAGACAUCCCUGUGGAUGAGCUGCAAGUUGACGUUGUUCCUGAAGAGGUUCUGGUGACAAACUGUUCCUCCGAGGCUGUGAUCGACGCCAAUGGGAUUCCAGUGGAGGACCAGGCUAGCUGCGGGGAUUUCCUGAUGAUUUCUUUGGAUGAGACAGGUAAAAUUGUACACGAUGAAAAUGGAGAGAUGUCCAUGGAUCCAGGCAUGUCGGAAAACGACGACCCCUCGAAAGAAGACAGCGCUGAAGUCAUUAAGGUCUACAUCUUUAAAGCUGACUCUGGAGAAGAUGACCUUGGCGGUACAGUUGAUAUAGAAGAGAGUGAAAAUGAUAAUGGAGUGGUGGAGCUACUGCAUCAGGCAGGCAUUGGCUGUGCAUCCAGAGAGAAGAUGGUUUAUAUGACAGUUAAUGACUCCCAGCAAGAAGACCUCAAUGUUGCUGACAUUGCUGAUGAGGUGUACAUGGAGGUGGUUGUCGGAGGGGAGGAGGCGGUGACGCAUGAACGGGAAUAUGACAGUUCAGCUCUCAGCAAAGAUUACAUGCCUGUAGCAUGGGCGGCUGCAUACGGUCAUGAUGAAAGUGAGGCUGUUGAGAACAGGCACGGUGCUGCUAGUGCGCUCCUUCACAUCGAUGAUUCUGUGAACACAGAGAAGCUGGGGAAGCAGAAGAGCAAGAAGAGGAAGAGAGUUGACACCAGGCAGUUCCAGACAGUUAUGACGUCAAACCAUCAACAAAUCUACAAUGGCAGAAGUAGAGCAGCUAUUAUUAUUGGCCCUUACGGACAGCCGUUGACAGUCUACCCUUGUGUUAUUUGUGGAAAGAAAUUUAAAUCCAGAGGAUUUCUUAAGAGGCACAUGAAGAACCAUCCUGAAAUCCUAAACAAGAAAAGAUACCAGUGCACAGACUGUGACUUCACGACCAACAAGAAGGUCAGUCUGCAUAAUCACAUGGAGAGUCACAAGCUCACGAGCAAAGUGGAGAAAGCCGUCGAGUGCGACGAGUGUGAGCAGGAGUUUCCACACGCAGGUGCAUUGUACACCCACAAGAUGGUCCACAGGGAGAAGGCAACCACUAAGAUGCAUGCGUGCAAAUUCUGCGACUACGAAACAGCAGAGCAGGGCUUGCUGAACCGGCACCUCCUGGCCGUGCACAGCAAGAACUUUCCUCACAUCUGUGUGGAGUGCGGAAAGGGCUUCCGCCACCCUUCAGAGCUCAAGAAACACAUGAGAACACACACUGGAGAGAAACCGUACCAGUGCCUUUACUGCGAAUACAAAUCUGCUGACUCCUCCAAUCUUAAAACACACGUCAAGACUAAGCACAGCAAAGAGAUGCCAUACAAAUGCGAACGCUGCUUCCAGACCUUCGCGGAGGCAGAGGAACUCCUGCAUCACACCCUCACUCACGAAGAAGGCAAAACCCACCAGUGUUCGCACUGUGACCACAAGAGCUCCAACUCCAGCGAUUUGAAAAGGCACGUCAUCUCGGUUCAUACCAAGGACUACCCCCACAAGUGCGACGUGUGCUUCAAAGGGUUUCACCGGCCGUCCGAGCUCAAGAAGCACAUGACAUCACACCGGAACAAGAAGGUGCACCAGUGCCGGCACUGCGACUUUAAGAUCUCCGAUCCGUUCAUCCUCAGCCGCCACAUCCUGUCGGUGCACACCAAAGACCAGCCGUUCGCGUGCAAGCGCUGUAAAAGGAGUUUCGGGCAGCGGAACGACCUGAAGAAGCACGUCAAGGUCCACAGAGGCAGGCGGAUGUACCAGUGCCAGUACUGUGAUUACAGCACGGCUGACGCUUCGGGAUUCAAGAGGCACGUCAUUUCCAUCCACACGAAAGAAUAUCCCCACCGCUGCGAUUACUGCACUAAAGGCUUCCGGAGACCAUCUGAGAAGAACCAGCACAUCAUGAGGCAUCAUAAAGACAUGGUGUCGGCAGAGUGAUGGGGCAGGACACCAGUGCUGGGAACCUCUGUCUCAUUCUGUUAAAUCCUAAGGACAUUUCAUUUUUUGUUAAAUGUUAAAUCCUUUAUUUGUUCUUCGGUUGUCAAUUUUAGAUUGUUUGUAAUGUCUCGUGUGUGUUACCUGCCUUGUGUUUUUUUUUUUUUUUUUAAUUUGAAAAAUACAGAUUCAAACAAUACUUUGAAUCCUAUGAUUGAAACUGAUUUUAAUUUUUUUUUUGUUUGUUUUAAAUAUCUUUAGCUGUGUCUUGCAUGUCGUACUUCUGUUCUAAGGAUUACUUCGUCGGACAGUUGUUUUAUCUCUAUUAGCUAUUAAACUCAACGCAAGCACUUAAUUGUCAGCAGGUGAGGCCAUUGUAUCUCUCAGGGCCCUGCUGUUUCCAGAAGUCUCUGGUUCAUACAUCAUUACCAGAACCCCUUUCCUCUCUACACCACUCUUCGUACUUGGGUGUGAUUAACUCUGAUUUCUCUUGGUUUAACACAUUCACUGUAAGGGACACUGCAUUAAAAACAAUCCUGUCCUGGGUGAGCAUGUUUUUAAGUAGGAAGUGAAUAUUUAUUGGCUUUGUUAAAUAGCAAUAUCAGGGAUUGAGGUUUGAAAUCUAUUGCUUAUAGCAUUAUUAUAUAUUGCUAAUUUCCACCUAAUGACAGCUUGAACAACCUUAUCCAGUUGUUUGGAUGGAACACAUAGUUUAUUUGAGCUGUUCCCUUAAAUAAAAGGUUGUCUUUUGUCCUUAAGAAUUAAAAAUACUAUACAAUAUAUAUAUAUAUAUAUAUAUAUAUAUAUAUAUAUAUAUAUAUAUAUAUAUAUAUAUAUAUAUAUAUAUAUAUAUAAAAUCACAGUUACUGCUUCCCCAGGGGACAAAGAGUGUAUUUUUAACCUUUAUGUUAAAGUAAGUACUCCAUAUUGUAGUAUGCUUUUUCUUUGGCUGUCGUUCAUCAUGUGACCCAUUGUCAGACAGCAAGCAGUAGGGUCUGAAAGAUCAAUUUAAAUGUUUAAUGCCACUAGUGCUGCGCUACACAACUUUCUGAGCAGGUCCUGGGUGUUGUUGAAUUAUUUCAAACGUAUUGAAAUGUUGUUUUAUAUUGUAAGUUAUUUCAAUGUAAUACAGGCCCCUCUGUUCCCCAGAUUAGGGGGUCUAAUGUUAUAAACACGUUCAUUUAACACAGAAAUGUUUUCUUGUUAAUAGAAAUGCAGUUUAUAUAGAUUUUUAUGAAAUAAAUUUGGCAUUUUUGUCAACAUAAUGGUACACACAUCUUUCGUACUCCCUGCUGAAACUUUGUGCUGCUGUCUAAACCUGUCCUGUUAUCAGUUCCAAAAUUCAGCAUAAUAAUAACCAGCAAGAGGCUUCUUAAUGCUUACUCAAGAUGGUAUUAAGUGAUGAAAAUUGACACAGUGCUGUACCUUCAUUAAAUUACAUUUUUUAACACAUUUAGUAUGUUGUUUUUCCUGUGGAUAUGGGGAUAGCUUUGUGAAAUUGUUAAAACUGUUUAAAUUAUAAUAUAAUCGAAACUAUUGCUUUGUACAAAAAAAAAAAAACCCUUCAAACGUGCCCACUCUAGAUGUAUACUUUGUAAAAAUAAAAACAAAAACCAGGUGAAUCCAGGGCUGUGUAUUGUAAUGUGUGGACGUGAUAUAACUUGUAAAAAAAAAUUAAAUUCAUUAUUUUUUCUUGA